AUGACUGGAAUCAAAGAUCUACCACGAGAUUUAUUCUACCAAAUUUGUUCUUACUUACGAAUUAAUGAUCUUGUUGCACUGUCUUCUGUGUGUGCACAGUUUAACCACUGGUUAGGCCGACAGUCGUAUUGGAAAUGGCGUUCACAUUAUCUUUGGAAUGGCACAUAUCCUUGUUUACCAGAGAAAGCUGUAGACUGGGUGUCGGUGAGUUUUGAAAGGGAAAAGUGUUUCAUGAACUUUGGUGACAAUUCAUCCACUUGUGUUCGUAUGUCCAAAAUUACCGUCAUCAGUCAUGGCAUCGAUGCACUGCACAUUCCUUUGAGACAUCCAGACUUACUUCUGACUGGUGACAGAGGUCGAGUGGUUUCUAUAUUUUCACUCAAGAGUGGACUGCUUUCCUCUGCAUGGCAUCCUGUAUUUAUUGAAUAUCAUAGUCAUUCG